UACUAGCUUACAUAAGAACUUCCCUUGACUGUUAAAAUAAUUAAUUAUCUUCCAAGUAUCUUUUGGCCCUACACAUUAUUAAACAAGUAAGAAUACAUACACAUUACAUAGAGAUCCCAGAUGCUCCUGUCAUGAAAAUUUCGCUUGGUCUUUAGUGAAAGCCAUGUUUUACUGGUGUCUUUUUUCCAAGCAUCAAGAAAGUAAUAGAAACAUCCAGCACAGUGAACAGCAAAAAGAGUCACACAUAUAAGCUUCAGUACUCGAAACCGAAAGUAACUGAACUUGCUGUUUUUCUCCAAUCUCGCAAACAUGGCACUGACUCUUCUGAGAUGCCAGAGACGAAGCAUACUCAAGUAUCCAUAUGAUUGAAGAAUGUGGGGCAAUGCUUUCCUAAUAAGUUCCAAAGGGAUGGUGGAUAUCAAAUCAAACAUAAACCUGGAUUUUGUGUACCUCAAAGCGAUCCGCUUUGGGUAAUCAAUCAUACUGUAAGUUGAUUUAUCAAGAUAGGCAACAAAGGAUGUGAGGAUAAUGUCAAGGGGAAAAUACAAUUAGCUAUGUUAUCUAAGAUGGCAAUAAGUCCUUGAGGUCUUUCUAGAAAUCCAAACUGAAAAAGUGACGUCCAUGCUUGUAAUGAAUUAGAAAAAUAAUCUAUUAGGACUCGUGUCAAGACUUGUGUUAUUUUCUUUUCAUUAGCUAUUUUAUAAUAGCAGUCUGGAAUCUCCCUUUUGUUCUUUGGUUACUAAAUUGAUGAACAAUUUGAUUGUGAGUUCCUUUUAUUGAUCAAUACAAAACUUAGUUUGUUACAUUGGUGCUUUAAUUGACACCAUCUACUAUGGUGGACAACGAACUCCCGGCUUUCUGAUAUUCACCGAUGAGUUUCACUUCAUCCAUAUCUGGUAUUCAUUCUCUUAUCGAGUCCAAUCAGAAAUUGCUUCAAGCUUUGUGCUCGCAGGCUGCUUCAUGCAUUCUCGGCCGACUCUGGUGGAGUUGGGUUGAUGUAGAGGCUACAAUGCAAAGGGUUGGGUUCUUCAGGCGGAGCUCUAUUUUGAUUUUUAUGCCAUCUCGGGUUCCUACAAAUUAUAUUACGUCUUUUCCUAUCUCGAUGGUGAUGCCCUUGAAUGGUUUCAUUGAAUGGAUCGCAACAAUCAAUUAGUUGAUUGGAAGAAUUUAAAGAGAGUGGUGCUGCAAUUUCUGAAUAGAGGUGUUACUGCGCCAAUGUGGUGUUUGGUUGAUCCUUCUCAGGCCCGUUUUGACUACGUCAGUUCUGCACUUAUGGUUCCACCAGUGACUCAGGUAUUUUCAUUUGCCAAUAUGUGUCAAUACCCCUACCUACUGUGCAUUUGAAUCAACUUCCAAAGUUGGAAACUCGGAUGCAGAACAAGAGUUAGGUGAAAUGCCUCAGGCAGAGGAUUCACCAUUUAGUUCAGAUAAUGAGGUACUUGUGUCUACAAGAAGGAUAUGCAGUGAAUACUGAAGCCCACCUGUUUGAUGAAUGUUCCAACAAGCCAACCACAAGGUGUUCAUCGUUGACCCCGAGAGUCACUCUGCUCUAGAAGAUGAAAAAUCAGAGGAGGAAAGGUUCAUUGAGUGCAGUUCAAGAGACUGGUUGCUAACGACCAAGAACUUGUUCUGGAGGAUUUUGCACCAAUCUUAGCGAAUGUUCAGUUAAAUGUUCCCGUUUCUACAAGUGGCAGUCUAUCCAAAUGCACAUCCGAUUCUAUCAUCCAUGGCUCAUGCUUAUGCACCAAUUUCAAUGCUUCUGCUCCUUCAUAUGGCACCGGACAACACAACACAUAUGAACUCUGAGGUGAGAAGCUUCCAUUUGGUCUAGUUCUUGAUACCUCAUGUUGCUAUCAUAGGAGGACGUGCCCAUAUCUCCAUUUUGUGCUUGAACCAGUAGUAGGUAUUUUACCAUUUGAGAGUGUUGUGGAUGCUUGGGUUGAUACUGGGCAGGACUUUAUGAAUGAUUCAGAUGGAUUUGAAAUGGGUGUCGAAGGCAGUGGUAUUCUUAAAACUGCUUCUUCACCUUACAAGAUGACAAUUGGUGGUUUUGGUUCUUUUCUUAUCGCAAACACUAGUGGUAAUACGGCAUCAUUUCUGGGUCAUUUUGAUGACCGUGCAUUCCCAAAGGAGUUGGAGGUUCAUAACAAUGGUUCAAUUUUCAGUCCUGUGGUGCGUGCACUCUCCGACACUAAGUUUACUGCUGAAUUGGCAAAUAUUGUUGAUCUAUGGAUGGUUCUUCCGUACCACACUCUUGAUAUUGUUUCUAUUGUAUUCGUCUGUGUCUAUAAACUUGUUCUGGUAUUUGCCACAGGAUCACAAUACUUAUACCUUGUGAGGGAGCUAGUGCACUGGAAUAACGCGGGACAAUUAGGUGAAGCCAAGAAUGCUCUCACCAUGGUCCUGUUCCUCAUUGAAUACAUGGGUCAUAUUGUUAAUGUCUGUCUAGAUGUAUUUUAUAUCACAAUCGAUGUGUUCAAUGGAAUGCAGUCUCGUGAUAUUCAUGGCUCCAGGUUACGGUUUAUGGGUGAAGUAGCCUUAUUGCCUGAACUUCUUCAGCAUGCAUAUGAUCUUGAACAGGAUGCACGACUGUGUGUGGCAGUGUUUUGAGAAGCGAGAAGCGGAAAAAAGUGACAGGGGCUCGCUUCACAGAAGCGUGAAGCGAAGCGCAUGCUUUAUUCAGAAAAAGCGCUAUUUAGUAUAAAAAUAUAAAAUAUAAAAUAUGCAUAGAUAAUAAAAUAUGCCCCAUUGGCAUAUUCACUUCAACUUCAUCAUCCAUUUCAUCAUCAUCAAC